CCAAAACAGGGCAUCAGCAGGCAGCCAGCUCACCUCUCGCCAAUCAUCACUGGUGAACGUGUUCAUUUCAGGUGGAGGCAGGGCGGCAAUUUGCUAUUCCGUGGUGUCUAUGUCCCACCAUGGUAGUCUGCCUGCCCCAGACCUGCCCCUUCACCCGCCCCCCUUCAUAGCCACCUCCUCCCGCCCCCCUCACCCACCCCCCUUCAUCACCAAGCGCUCGCGCGACGCCGGCCGGCCAGGCUACAUCGCUCUCUGCUCGCCCAAUGGGCUCAGCAGCUGGCAGGACUGGCGCACCAAGCACGAGGAGCAGGGCAGGAGCGACAUCGCCAAUGACAACUUCUCCUUCCGCAGGGCGCAGCCCAACAGCGACUACUAUAGUGAGGAGGAGAACUGCUGGAUCUUCCAGACCCGCCGAUCCAACCAGUAUUGCAGCCUGCGGUGCCGCGUCCGCCUCCACGCCAAUUUUCCCUUCUUGGUAUGGACGUGCGGCGAGUGCCAUCUGUGCCGCGGGGGCGGGGGGGAGCGCCUCUCGUGCAACAGACGGAGGCUGUUCGGCAACGCCCUGAUGGACGACAACGCGGCGGCGAGGGCGCAGCGGAUUGUGUGUCUGUGUGGGCGGAUCUAUGACAGCAGCAAGUUCUACAAGGAGCACAUGAGCCUGUGGCACGACCCUGGGAUGAUCGCCACCAAGGGGCCCGACCAUAUGCUCGCCGGACUCGGUGAGACGGGCGGCACACAGGCACACGCACACAUACGCAGAGAGGGAGGGAAUAUUAGUUUCAGCGUGUGCAUGUGCCGUAUUGGUGUUGAUCACCGACAGAGAUCCUGAAGACCUAUGACAGCACCAGGGGCAGCGGCAAGCAGUACCUGGAGCUAUUCGAGAUCAAAGACGUCAGUCACCCUGGUCAGACACACAGUUCUCUGUGCUGUGCGGCACCCAUCUUGCUUGCCUACAUAAAUGGUGCGUUGUGUUCUUGUGUAUCAGACUACAACACCAAAUUGCACGCGAGCGACAUCAUUGGCUUUUUCGAGGACCGGGGACUCACUCCCGAUGUGCGCCGGAAACACACGCAGCAAACCACACUCAGCACAGCACAGCAGAGAUACGCUCUCACGCACUCUGUCUCUUCUUUCCCCUUCAGUCACAGAUGCAGACGACGUUGAUGUCGACGAUGCACCCCUUGCAACGGUCAGAGGCCUUCAACGCCUUCCUCCCACAGUACAAAAGCAACAACCAAGCACUAUUACGACAAGCCGCGUCCUCACGCGUCAGCAGUGGUGUCAGGGGGCCACCACAGACGGGCAACGCCUCCUCGCAGCCACCAUACCCCCACUCCCACUCGCACCAGUGCUGGUCGCAGCCCCCAUUCGCCCCUCUGCCCGCGUUGGCGCCCUCGACGCCAGACGGCCUUCACGGCAAGGACAUGAGCGAGCAGGGUGGCUCUGGGUGGUCCAGUGCUGCCGGGGGGGAGGGGGGCCGGGAAGGCGACCAGCAUGAAGGAGGGGGCGAUCAGGGGCCACUUCUUAAUGCAGCGCUGCCUCACAGCCCGGUCGGCAGGGGCGUCAAGACGGAGGCACACGCUACUGCUGCCGACGGCACCAAGGUCGGAUCAGAGAUCAGAGACAACACGGCACCCAGCACCUAUCAUGCACUGGCUCUCUGUCUGUCUGUCUGUCUGUCUGUCUGUUUGCCUGCCUGCCCUUCUAGCAGAUGGACCAGUCGUCUCCGCCGAUAUCGACAAUGUCGUCAGCCUUCACCCCGCCCCUCCAAAGGCAGCCCUACCCCUCUCACAGCCGGCCAUCCCGCCCAGGCAGCGACAGCAGCAACGUCCUUGGAUGUCCAGACAGCGAUAUGCUCGAGCCAAUGGCCAUCAUAGGCGGCGACUCGCAGACGGACUUCUUCGGCGGCGUGCGCGUCAAGGAGGAGCUGAUGGACGGCAGCGACGAUAAUGUGGUGGGCCUGGGCGGCCUUGGCGACCGUGGGUUUGGAGUGAUGAGUCCAAUGGGCGAUGCUGCCACGAGAAGAUGCUCACCCAGGGUAAGGAUUGGGAUGGUGGGAAGGAGGCAGCAAGCAGAGGUCCAUUGUGUGUGUAUGUGUGUGGUGUGAGUCAGUCGAGUUCUGCAGCCGUCAGCAGCAGCAGGAGCAGCACGACGUCGCCCGAUCCAGGGCCGGCCCUCACUUUGGUGCGGAUGCGCAAGGCCAACGGUGGCAAGGCGCUCUCCCGUUACGUCCCGAAUACCACCACCAUCGGCGACCUUACAGACGACUACAACCCAUUCAGGCCGCACGCCUGCAUUGUCAGGCCCUGCUUCGACACAACAGCCACAGCCACAGCCACAACCGCUACCGACACCAAAACCACCGCCAGCAACACAGCCAGCAGCAGCUCCGGCAGUGGGGGCGAAAACGGUGAGGGCGGCGAGAGCAGCAGUGGCAGUGGCGGGGAGCGGGGCGUGUCGGGCCCCGCCUUCGCGUCUGACCCGAACACGACGCUGCCGUGCCCCAUCGACCGCACCACCACUCUCCACCAGAUGUGUCGGCAUUACAGCCAGCCGGUGGAGGGGCCCCUGACGCUCAUAUUCGACGAAGACGACACCGAGGGCUGGUGGCAUCCUACAGUCUGGCAGGACAAGACACAAGUAGCUUCCCGUUCAUCGCUUUCAGGCUCACAUCGCAGCAAUGUCCUAAUGAAGCGUCUACUCGAAGGCCAAGUCGUCUGCCACUCUCUCUCCCCCGAUGCCUUCAGCGUGCAUCGGCACUCCAUGCGAGCCGCCCACUUCGGCGCAGCCCCAUGCAGGAGACAUGCCACUUGACGUCUCUCCUCAACCGUAACGGCGUCAAGGUCAUUCCCAAGGAGUACCUGAUGGGUACCAUGUGUGCAAGAAGAGCACAAGAGACACACGUGUGCAUGUGUGUGUUUCAGGUAAUAAGUCCAUCGUCAAGGAGACAGACACCGUCUCCAUGUACAUUACAUGCUGGAACGGCUGGUCGGAGGAUCCUGUGGCGGACGGAAGGCCACAGAUCGGGUAUAAUCGGUGGGCACUUCCCAGAAGACAGUCCAUCAUUCCAGAGGCCUCCUAAUGCCGCUUGUCUGCCUGUGAGACCUUGACUAGCUGCACGGCUAUGGAUAACGUGUGUAUGUUUGCG